AAGAGUAGGUAUGGUCGUUUCUGGCAUUGCAAUCUCAAAUUUGUCUUUACGUUUAAGAAUUUGCGUUGAGUUUUUUUGUCGUCUCUAAUUCGGAGUUUUUCCGCGAGAACCUGACAGAUUGGAAAAUAAAAUUUAGCAAAUGGAAGACUUGAAUGUGGUAUAUUUAGACUAUAAUGCUACAACACCUGUGGAACCUGAAGUUAUUGAGAGUAUACAAGAUGCACUUAAAAAUGCCUGGGGGAACCCCAGCAGUUCACACCAUGCUGGAAGGAGAGCCAAAAUCCUGAUAGACAAAGCCAGAGAAGAUGUUGCAAAAAUGCUGGGCGCCAGAUCAUCAGAUAUUGUGUUUACAUCUGGUGGAACAGAGGCAGACAAUAUGAUACUUCAGACUGCAGUAGAUUAUUUCCACAAGAUGUGUAAGACACCUGUGAAUGGUUCAGGAGACCAGAACAAACAUUUACCUCACAUAAUAUCAUCACACAUGGAACAUCCUGCUGUCAAUGUGAUGCUACAACACCUAGAAAGUACAGAUCAAGCAGAAAUAAGCUACGUGCCACUGAGCAAGGUGACCGGAAGGUUAGAGGUCAAGGAUGUUCUGGAAGCCGUAAGGUCAAACACAAUCAUGGUCACGGUGAUGCUUGCAAAUAAUGAGACGGGAAUUAUCCAGCCUGUGAAAGCAAUCAGCGAGGCUGUGAAGUCACUGAUAAGACAGCCAGGUGAAACUGAGAGAAUACUUGUACAUACAGAUGCAGCACAGGCUAUUGGAAAGAUUCCAGUUGAUGUAGAUGAACUUGCUGUGGACUAUCUCACUGUUGUAGGACAUAAGUUUUAUGGUCCAAGGAUAGGAGCAGUAUAUGCCAGAGAUCUGGAAACACAAGGUGCUCCUCUUUAUCCAAUGUUGUUUGGUGGUGGUCAAGAAAGAAACUAUAGACCUGGGACUGAAAAUACAGGCAUGAUUGUAGGUCUUGGAAAGGCAUGUGAGUUAGUAUAUUCAAACCUAGAAAAAUACCAACAGCAAAUGAAUGAAUGUAGAGAUUACCUAGAGGCAAAAUUACAGGAAACAUUUGCCGGUAGACUACAUUUUAACGGGAAGUUACCUGGUAACACGAGACUGCCUAACACAUGUAAUGUUUCCAUUCUUGGAGAUAAACUACAAGGUCACACUGUAUUGUCAGCCUGUAAGAGGCUACAGGCCAGCGUAGGGGCAGCGUGCCAUGCUCAAAACAGACCAUCUGCUAUACUACUGGCAACAGGAGUUCCAGAAAAUAUUGCUAGAAAUGCUUUAAGACUGUCUCUUGGUAGAUAUACAUCAAAGGAAGACAUUGAUGUUGUGAUAGAAGAUUUGAAACAAGCCGUGAUGUCCAUAGAAAAUAAUGAAUAAAGUUUUCACUAUAUUUUAUAAUGUCAAAUUUUUAUAAACUUUUCAAAACACUCUAUACAUUCAGUUAAACACAUGACAAAAUUGUGAAGAUGUAAUAAAUGUUUAACAUAAAAUGUGCCAGCAAGCAGAUUUGUGACUGGGUGGUGGCCUUAGACCUUACCCAUAAUUUCUAACUUGUUUAUAUAAACACGUAAAUUUGC